AUGUCUAAAGGCACCACUGAAGCAAAAUUCCCGGCGGAUUGGUUCUUCCUCGACUUAUUUCCUCCGCUUCCGUGGUGGGGCACGGAAACAACGUGGAGCACAUGGCAUACAUUCGGCGCCAUUUUGGUCAUUGGUAGUAUGCGUAAAUUACCUCGAUUCCGAGCACCGUUCGAAUCUAGGGCAGCACAAUUCCUAGGCCGCAUCUCGUUUAGCUUGUACCUUUGUCACCAAACUGUUCUUCGGGUCCUAUUAAACCCCGUAAUGCAUUGGACAACACAAUUUGCUGCUGGUGUGAGAGCAGAGGUUACAAGUUAUUGA